GCAUGCGUGUCUCUGAUUCAACGGGCAACGUAAAGUGCAAACGUAACCUGUACGUCUGUAAAUAAAUAUUAUAUUUGCCCAAUGUAAAUAAUGUGAUAAAGAUUAUUAAACAUUUGUUGUCGAAUAUGCCUUACUACUGUGUUCUCUGCAAAAAAGAACCAAUACCUGGAGAUAAAAGUCGCAGUUUUCAUAAAUUUCCAGAUGAUGAUGGUUUAAGACAGAAAUGGAUGGCUUUUGCUGGACUAAGUUCUAUAACCAAGUAUACAAAACUUUGCACUGAUCAUUUUGAUACGAGUGCCUAUGAAGACUCUGAUGGAAGUAAAAUUAAGAGAUCUUUAAGGAAAACUGUGGCCCCUUGCAGAUUUGUAUCAACAGAUAAAGUUCAAAGUGUUAGCUACCCAGUCACAAAAGAUGAAACAACUGAAUUUGCAAAAACAGUCAUGUGUCAGUAAUGUUUCUGUAAAUACCGUAGUUAAUUUGCUACCCUCUAUCAACAAUCAUUUGCCUGCAAAUACUAGUAAAGCAUUUGGUGAAAAUAAGCAAGAUUUUUGUGAACCUGUCAGUUAUCUAUUAUCAAACUCAUCUGUGGCUGUGGAUUUGGAUACAAGUAAAAUUUUUCCAACAAACUCAUCUGUGGCUAUAGAGUUGGGACGAGCAGUAAUCUGUCAAAAAGCCAUUGCUAUAACAUUUCAAGAAAUAAUUCUUUAACUCAAGUGUUGCAAGAGCAAAUCACACAGCAAACUGUAUUUAGUAAUACACAGCUUAAUGAUAAUCGUACAAAUCUCAAAAGGUUAAUUCUACGCUCAUAAUUAUAUAUAUAGAUAUAUAGAUACAUUCAUUUUACACUUAUUUUUUUUGCAAAUUCCUCCUUUGCCAUUUGCGAAAAAUCUCAACCAAAUUUACCUGAUACCACUAUAAAAAGGUAAGCGUUAUAAAAUUUCUUAUUAAAUAGCUUCUCAUGAAUAUAUAUAUUCAUAUGUUUACUUCUUGUUCCAGAUAUUUGUUAUGGAUCUCGAUAUAGAUAAAACAAAUCGACUCUUAUAAAUCUCAUUAUUAAGAUACUGUGCAAAAUAAUUUAUAAUGAGCAUAAAAAAUGGCUAGUCGUCUGUUAUUUAUUGCUGAAAAAUAUUUUAUGAAGAAACUAACAGUUUUAAGUAAACACAAGCUUUAUGAAAACUUGAAUAUAUAAAAUUUUAUUGUUUGAAAUAUAAUAUAAUCGAAUGUAUCAUAGCAAUUAAAAAGAUUUUAUUGAAAAGCCAGAAGUAAUAUUAGUAUACCUACUGGUUUUUUAUGUAGUUGUACUAAUUUAUUAAUAAAGAAUUGUUAAAUAAAGUGCUUUAUU